AUGGCCAGUUAUAUUCCAUCACCGUCCACGUGGAAGAAACCUAUGCUGUUCCAAGGAGUAUCACGGUACGAAGUUGCAAUAUCAAGCGUGGGCCCACCUCCCGAGCGUUUCUUCUUGAAAGCAAAUUCGACAGGAGCGCACUGGAAGAUGCUCGUGACAACAGAUCUAGCCAUGAACGCCGCAAUGGCAAAUCCGAUUAAGACCCAACAUGAAAUCAAAAACCAUCCGCCGGAUAAAUAUCUUCCGGUAGAGGAGAAGGAUGCUGAUUUUUAUGAGGCUGAUGAUGAUCUCAUAUAA